CCGACAAAACAGCAUUAUACUUUUUUUUCUUCCGCCAGCAAAUCACAACACAAAGCUGUUUAGCAUUGAGAUCGCUCAUCAGAAUUUUCCUUGUGCUUUUUCAUCGAGUUAAAGAUGCGACACAACUGCUGCCAUCUCUCCUUCGCUUCGGUCCUCAAGAUCCUCAAUUUCCUCCAAGCCUUCAUCGGCAUCUCCAUCAUCAUCUACUCCAUAUGGAUGCUCGAUCAAUACAAUCGCCACGUCCCCGUCGACCCUCCUCCUUCUCAGCCUCCCACGGCUUCUUCUCCCGACUCUCCUUAUCUCUUCUCUACCUCACGAAUCCAGAUCAACAGCGUCUCUGACUCGUUUCAGAAACCCAUCGGUCUCGUUCUCGGAGAUUCGGGUCUCAACCUCCGCUCACUAGAUCUUCCUGCUCCAUGGUUCAUCUACUGUUUCAUGGCGAUUGGGAUCUUGGUCUGCAUUGUCACCAUCAUCGGUUUCAUUGCAGCUGAAGCUAUCAAUGGCUGCUGCUUGUGUUUCUAUUCAAUCCUCAAAACUCUUGUCAUCAUACUUGAAGCAGCUCUCGUUGGAUUCAUUGCCAUUGAUCGUCACUGGGAGAAGGAUCUUCCUUAUGAUCCAACUGGAGAACUCACUAGCCUUCGAGCUUUCAUUGAAGCAAACAUCGAUAUUUGCAAAUGGGUUGGGGUUGGUGUGGUAGCUGUCCAGUUACUGUCGUUGCUACUGGCUAUGGUUCUGAGAGCUAUGGUUUCUCCUAGACAAUCAGACCUUGACGAUGAGGAUGAUUACGAGAAUCCGAUUAAUAGAGCACGUGAGAACCUUCUUGCUCCACAGGCUAACCAGACAUCUUCUGGAUCAAGCAAUAUUGACAACUGGAGGUCCAGAAUCAGAGAGAAGUACGGUCUCAACAACGGCCAGAGCCAAAGUCCCUCAGUUUAAUUCAAAAGACUUGAGUUCCUGUUUCGUUUUGUUCCUCUCUUGCUACCGCUGUAACUUUCGAGUGUGCAUAAGUAUUACACAACUGUCAUUGUUUGAUCUUUCCUCUGUUUAGAUUGGAACAUUGGUUUCUCUUUGGUGUGUUUGCACAAAACCGUAACGAGAUUUGUGUUUAAAAUGGGAUCAAGUGAUUAUUAGUC